AUGGCUCUGCCCGGGCAGACCACCCCCGACGGUGUGCCAGCCUUCAAGCUGGUGCUGGUUGGAGACGGCGGCACAGGGAAGACCACCUUCGUCAAGCGCCACUUGACCGGAGAGUUCGAGAAGAAGUAUGAGCCGACCAUCGGCGUGGAGGUGCACCCCCUGGACUUCACCACCAACCGCGGCAAGCUGCGCUUCUUCUGCUGGGACACGGCCGGGCAGGAGAAGUUUGGCGGCCUGCGUGACGGCUACUACAUCCACGGCCAGUGUGCGAUCAUCAUGUUUGACGUCACCUCCCGCCUGACCUACAAGAACGUGCCCACCUGGCACCGCGACCUGUGCCGCGUCUGCGAGAACAUCCCCAUCGUCCUCUGCGGCAACAAGGUGGACGUGAAGAACCGGCAGGUCAAGCCCAAGCAGGUCACCUUCCACCGCAAGAAGAACCUGCAGUACCAUGAGAUCAGCGCCAAGUCCAACUACAACUACGAGAAGCCCUUCCUGUACCUGGCCCGCAAGCUGGUGGGGGACCCCAACCUGCACUUUGUGGAGCAGGUGGCGCUGGCGCCCCCCGAGGUCCAGAUCGACCUGCAGCAGCAGCAGGAGUACGAGCGGCAGCUGACCGAGGCCGCCAACAUGCCGCUGCCAGACGCAGACGACGACGACAUGUGA